ACCAGGACAGUGUAGACACGAAAAUAAUAUUGUUUUUCUAAACAUAUUUCGUGUCCUUAAAAUGGCGGGAAUUUAUCUCAAAUUCACUUUAUGUUUUGUGCUACUCGUGAGUUUGGAAUGUCGUGUGAUAAAAAUCAUAGACGAUGAGGAUUCAAAUAACGAUAUCGUUGUCAAGAUUAUAUUGAAAAAUAAGAAAAGAGAACAUUCGAAAAUUAAAAAAGAUGAAGACACUAAAUUAAAAGAAGUCCUUGGUGAAACGGAUAAGGAAAAAGCAGAGGCGAAACUGAGAGAAAUUAUAGAAGAAAUGAAAAAAGAAAUGCAUAAAAAAUCAGACAAAAAUGAAGGUCAUGAGGAAGACACAAAUGCAUUAUCUGGUGAUAACAACUUUGAAUUAUCUAAGAAAGAAUUGCCAGAUAAUUUCAAAGAAUCAGAAGAUGAGCCAAGGGAUUCUAUUUCGGACAACUUGAUUGACAAGGAAACACCUCAGUUGACUUCAGAAUUCGUCCCUAAGCUUAAUUCUCGCAGUGGCAUCCAAGUCGGUUCUUGUCCAUCAGGGUUUAUAAGAAGAGGACCUCUUUGUUUACCAGCCGAUAAGUAAAAUGUAACUUAACUGUAAUAGAGAAAAAAGACUUAUUUAUUUAUUGUUUUGUAAAUUUUUAAA